AUGUCUCGUGCCUUAAUAGCUGCCGUCUUAAUCGCGUCGAGCCUGUUGCUCCCACCCGUCGCUCUCGGCGAUGCCUCGGCGACCAGCUCUGGCGACGGCGACAGCGACGGCGACAGCAGUGCCGCUCGCCACACUUCGCGCGGCGACGGGGCGACGGCGCGCACCAUGGAUUACAUCUCGGACGAUCCCUCCGCGGUUAACUUCCCCGGUCCGCCGCGCGUGUCCGCCAACUCAUGCGCGCGCCCAUGCAAGGUGCCGAACCCGCCGAUCGUCAUCAACGUGGGGUUCGAGCGCGACAUUCUGCGCCGCGCCACGCUCCCCAACGACACGCUCGUGACCAUGCUGCUGUGGAGCAACGUGCGCCUGACACGUGGACUAGUGUUCGGAGCCAACUUCUCGUGCACCAUCUUCAACUCCACGCGCUCCGGCAGGCUCACCAUCUCGCUGCCCAACACGGCCACGCCAGUCCUGGAGCUGUUCAACACGCACAACGUGCUCGUGCACGGCAUCAACUUCCACAUCCCCGUGAGGGACUCCGACACCACCAUCUGCCGCUUCCCCAACAUCGACCAGGUGCGAGACAUCUACAUCGGGCGCUACUCCUGCCCGGCCAUCUUCCUCUUCCGUGUCUUGGCCGUGCAAGUCACACAGGGCACGGUGCACGGACGGAUUGAUGUCAUGCGCGCCGCGUACUCGCGAAUUGACAACAUGCGAGUCACUGUGAAUCCUGCCAAUUGGCCGGCAGCCAUCCGUGUGUCCUACUCUGGGCAUGGCCCGACUCUGCAGCGCUCCAACGUAUGGAUUACAAACAAUGAGCUGUUUUCCGGAGGGGAGGGGCGGGAGCAGGCGCAGCGGGCGCGCGUGGGGAUCAUGAUCUUGUGGGGCGGGAUAGGGGUGAACGUGAUGAAUAACCGCCUGCACGACUUUACCCUCGCGGGGAUCCAGAUGGGCCACGGCAUGAACAACGUGGGCGAUGCCAUGUUGACCAAAGUGGCCUACAAUGAGAUUCGGCACGACUUUGGCGAGACAGGGGCGAACACGCGGCUGGACAACAGUGGGAUUUACUUUGACACGCACUGGGUGAACCCUGGGAACUACCUGCGCUGCAACUAUGUGUACCGUGGUGGGCACUGCCUGUACAUCGACUGGGUGUCCAGUGGGGUCAUCUCGGAUGGGCUUGUGUGCGACCAGACAGCUGAUGGGCUCAAGCUCAACUCUGGAAAGAACAACAUGAUACUGGGCAUGGUGAUGAUCAACACGACGCAGUUCUCAGUGGGGUACAUCUCGUGCCAGAACAACCACCUCAACAACUGUGAUAACUACGCCGGCCCCAACUGGAACCGCCUCCUCAAAACCUACUUCCAGACGCCCGAGAUUCGAUGGAAUUAUCCUUAUCUGACCAACUUUUGUGGGAAGAACCGCAUCAACGGCAUUGACUGCAACAACGGCACAGAUGCUGCUCACAGCCGCGCGGUCACAUCUGGAUGCAGCGGGCUUCCCACUGAAAACUACGCAGAGCUAGUUUCUGCCACCCCGUCAGGCUCUCCAAAAUAUGUCAUCUACAUGCCCAACUGUGCGCCCUUCCCUUCUGUGCCUGCUCUCAACCGCAUGCGGUAUUUUGCCACGAGUAUCGACAAAGCAGGGUUCAGGGAUUCUAAGAAUGGGGAUUUUGGGCUGAGGAGCAACUCCGAGUUCAUCAAUAAAGUACCGGGUGGCAUCGCGAUACUAAUAGUCGGAAUAUGUCUCGUAGUGUGGGAUCUGUGCGUGCUGCUAUUCACCUCCAGCCGCGACCCGGGCAUAGUCCCGCGCAACACACAGCCCCCCGAGCCGGACGGUGACGUGGAGGCGCCGCGGCCGUCGGGAGGGCGGCGGCUGCCGCGGACGAAGGACGUGGUGAUAAAGGGCAAGACGGUGAAGGUUAAAUACUGCGACACCUGCAUGCUGUACCGGCCGCCGCGGUGUUCGCACUGCAGCAUCUGCAACAACUGCGUGGAGAGAUUCGACCACCACUGCCCCUGGGUGGGCCAGUGCAUCGGCAAGCGCAACUACCGAUUCUUCUUUCUCUUCGUGUGCUCCACCACGGCGCUCUGCAUCUAUGUCUUCUCACUCUCCGCCUACCUCAUCAAGGUGCUCAUGGACAAUGCGUACGAGCCGGGGGGGGAGAUGCGCACGGUGUGGCAGGCGCUGGGGCAGGCGCCCAUGGCGGCCGUGCUCAUGGCGUACACCUUCCUCGCCGUCUGGUUCGUUGGGGGCCUCUCCGCCUUCCACCUCUACCUCAUGUCCACCAACCAGACGACGUAUGAGAACUUCCGGUACCGGUACGACAAGAAGGCCAACCCCAACAACCGCGGCAUCAUGCGCAACGUGUACGAGGCGCUCUGCUCGCCCAUCCCGCCCUCCCGCAACCACUUCCGCGCCGACCUCCCCGACCCCUCCGCCCCCCAGCCCCCCACAGCCCCCUCCGACCCCCAACAGCCCGAGCUCUCCGCUGCCAUCCCCCCUGCGCGGCGCCACAGCAAGGGGUCUAGGCCCGGGUCGAGAGGGUCGUCUGGGGGAAGGUCUCCUGCGCAGCGGGGGGGGAAAUCGCCUGCGCAGCGGGAGUAUGAUUUGGUGGAGGUGACUAAAUUGAGGGAGGACGAGGGGGGGCAAUUGGCGGAUCAAAUCGUGGAGGCGGGCGGCGUGAUGCCGUCUGGUGCGGGGGUGGCUCGGUCGGGGUCGAGAGAUGGGUCCGGGCGGGAGGGUGGGGGGAGCGGGCGGAAGGGGGGGAAGAAGAAAUCGCAUAGUGGGAAGCUGAGGGAGAAGGGGGAGGGGCGGAAGGGGAAGCAUAGAGAUAGAGGAGAGGGGGAUGGGGCAGGGGAGGGAGUGGAGGGGGCAGUGGGGGUUGGGGAUGUGGUGGGAGGAGGGGGAGGAGGGAUGGGGGGGCAAGUGGCAGUGGAUCUGCAAGGGCAGGAGUACGUGCAGCGGAGGUACAGCCCCGUGCCCGACGUUCCUAGAGACGGGCUCUAG